AUGUCCAACGUAUCUGCUGACCUGAUCUGGGAGGUUGUCCGCAACCAAAAUGCCUUCCUUGAGAAGCGCAACACCAACGGCGGCGUCCAGUUCUCGCGCGACCCCCUGAACCUUACCAACAAGCACUCGCGCAAGUACGCCGGCUUCGUCAACGACAAGGCCAUUGGUGUUCAGCCUUCCUCGAACGAGAAGGGUGGUGUUGCCAUCAUCAGCAAGAAGGUUGGUGCCGGCAACAAGCCCGCCAGCUCGCAAACCACCACCACCUUCCGCCCUCACAAGAACAACAGGAGCACCUACAAGGCCGUUGCCAACCAGACAGCCAAGAACGGCUACCGUGCCGACCUGCGCCAGGCCGCUGUCGCCCGUACCAGUGCCAUCCUCAAGUCGCAAAGGCCCGUCAAGGCCGAGCCCGAGAAGAAGCUGCGCGGCAACGCCGCCAAGAAGGCUCAGGCUUAA